AUGAAACGUUUUACGUUCAGAAAAAUUUCUCUGAAAAUCCAGUUCUGGUUUUGGCUCUAUGGAAUCCUGUUUGUUUCCAUGGUUUUGUUGGGGUUUAAUCCGUACCUGUUUGAAAGCACAUACAAAUCACCAAUCACUGCUAUUUACAAAACCGUUGCGAGAGACCGUGGGGUGGAUUUCAAAUGUAUUUGGAGUGUAGUAGACAAUCGUACAAAGUGUAAACCAGUGUGUGGGUACGGAUAUUUCGGACUUUACGGAAUGGAGACGUGUCACCCAUGGCUUGAUUGUGAAGGACUUAAGAACAUAAAAGGACAUGAGAAAAUAAAUACAAGUGUUAUAGGUUAUGUGAAGGAAGUAUGGAUCAGUAAAUGGGAAGAUUAUGAAGUAGCUGUUAAGAGGCUGAGGACAGAUCUCCAUGGUCCAGAAUCAAAGGACGAAUUUUAUCGAGGUAUACAAUUCCUGAGGGACUUUUCAGAUCUACCAGAGGUUUUACAACUUGUAGGUCAAUGCAAAGACACACUGGUGACAGAGUUACAUGCCCUCAACGACGCUACCAACUUGGAGAACCAUCUGAAGAUUUAUAAAGACUUUGAUAAUGCUUCCACUAGAUUCCGCCUCUGUGUGGAUUAUGUACAUAUUCUCACUAUGCUUCAUUCUGGUCGAGGCGGGAAAGUUUACGCUCUCUGUGAUGCUAAUGACAAGUAUAUUCUUUUACAACAAUACCUUUUGACAGACGAUUUUCGACUCAUCAUCAACGAUAUUGAUUCUCUUGUCGGUUUUCCAGUAAAUGAUGGUGUUACAGAGAAAAGACUGUGUCCAGUCAAAACUCGGAAUUACUCGGUGUUGUUUAAUGCCCCAGAACAAAGGUGGAGACCUAUUGAAGAAAAACCAUUUAACAAUUCAAAGAUGUCACCUUAUGAUGAGAAAAUCGACAUCUGGAAAAUUCCUGAUGCUUGUAAAAGUUUUCUUUAUCACAUGGAUGUUAAAGUAAAGGUUCUGCCACACUUAAACCUUAUACACCAGCAGUGCAAAAGCAAGGAUCCUAAAAAUCGACCUAAUGCAAAGGAAGUUCUAAAGAUCUAUGAAGAUAUAUACCAAAAAUUGUUCGGAAUUCGAAUUAAUGCCUGA